AACUAUAUUCGAGCGUACAUUACGCAGAAUUUAUUUAUCGCAAUUAUUCCUUAACCCUGCCAGGUCAUCGCGAACACAAUAACAUACUUCACAGAGUAUAACGCUCGUCUGGCCGAGGCUAGUCAGAAUUAGCCGCACGCAACUAUGAACGUAUUAUACUUAUGUGUGCUCGUAGCGAGCGCCACCGCGCUUCCAUUACAAUUAGUGAAUUGGACCUUUGAAAUGAAUCCCAUUCAGAACUUUUCCGACAAUAUGAAGACCUUCUUCGAGGUGCAAAAGAAUCGUGUCGAACAGGCUUUCAAUGUGAGCUAUCAAGAGGCCGUUCGAAUGAAAAACUCAGUGAGCAAUUACGUCGAAGAUCAAGGAGGGAGAAUAAGUUCGGAUAUUAACAAUUACGUGGAAAAUAUUAAAGAGAGCGGACGGAAAAUGACCGAUUCGUGGUCAUACCUUCAGGCCGAAGAGCCGGGAGCGCAAAUGGAGAUCCCAGACAUGAGUUUGUCAGUACCUUCCAUCAUCACACGUAACGGAUACACGUGUGAAACUCACACUGUUAUAUCUCAAGGUUACAUGCUGAAUGUCCACAGGAUUCCUCGCUCCAAAGACGGCGUGGAAACUCCAAAAAAGACAGUGAUCUUGCAACACGGACUCUUCGCUAGUUCCGCGGACUGGAUACUAAACGGCCCAGACAAAGGCCUUGCAUAUGUAUUAGCUAAUGCAGGGUAUGAUGUUUGGAUGCCCAAUAUAAGAGGGAACAAGUACUCCAAGGAGCAUGCUGUAUUGAAGAGCGAUUCGAAAUCAUUCUGGAAUUUCUCGUGGCACGACGUGGCUUUGUACGAUCUCCCAGCUGUCAUCGAUCAUGUAGUGAAACUAAAAGGUAAAGAAGCUAAAAUAACAUAUAUAGGCCAUUCUAUGGGGACUACUAUAUUAUUCGCAAUGUUGUCUUUAAGACCUGAAUACAACGAUAUAUUAAGUGCUGGGUUUGCUUUAGCUCCGGUUACCUUUCUCUCAGAUCUACAAUCACCUAUCAAAGCCUUAGCACCAAUUGCUAGCAAUGUCGCAUAUAUGGAAAUGCUAUACGGUUCACACGAGUUUAUUCCAAAGGAUUCUGUGCUGGGGAAGAUGUCUAACUCCUGCGACGUCGAUAACGUAGAUUCUUUAGUGUGCAAGAACGUUAUAUUUUACAUCUGUGGUUAUAAUGAGAAGCAGUUUAAUAAGACUCUGCUGCCCGUUUUCUUGUCGAAAUUAGGAACUGGAACGUCCUGGAAGACAGCUGUUCAUUUUGCCCAAGAAAUUACAGCGGGGGGAAGGUUCCAGCAGUUCGAUUACGGAAAAAAGGAUAAUUUGAAAGUGUACGGAUCGGAGCAGCCUCCUGAGUAUGACCUUAGUAAAAUAACCCUCCCAAUAAAAUUGUUCUGGGCAGAAAACGACCUUCUUUCUAGUGAAAAGGAUGUGAAACUUUUAUUCGAGAAGCUACCUUCAACCACGGAAAUUUACAAGGUACCUGAUCCAGAUUUCAAUCAUUUAGAUUAUCUUUGGGCCGUCGACGCUCCUACUAUAAUAAAUGACAAAGUAUUACAUUCUUUAAAUAAGGUUUAUACAUCAGAAUCUAAUAACUUCUGGGGUUGGAGCUGAAUACCGUUUAAACAGAAGAAACCCACAUAAGUUGAGAAAUUAAUGGACUGAAAAUAUUAAUAGGAACUUAUUAUAAAUAAGUUGAAUUAUGAAUUACUGAACUCAAAUUAAAUUGAAUAUUGCUCUGGUAGCAAUAAACUUGGUACUUGCUAUAGAGAAUACAAUAAAAAAACCAAAUUAAUUUACCUCUACCAAGUAUCCUCUCAAGGAAGAUGGUUGUGUUGAGUUAAAGAAAAAAAAGUAAUAUUUGCUCUUAAAAAGUUGGUAGGUAUUGUAGGUGUCAUGUAAAAAGAGGAUGUAAAUGUUGAAAAUGUUAACAGGUACAUGCGAAAUAGUACCAUUAUAUUUAUUGUAUAUUUCAGAUUUUUGGUAUUUCUAUGCAUAAUUAAUAAGUCAAACCUGCUUA